CUCAAAUGGCAGCGAUGGCGAAAGAGAAGGAGAUGGUGGAGAUCCAGAAGAGAAAGCGGAACGAUGGAGGAGGGACGCCGAGGAAAAGGUUGCAGGUGGGAGAGGCUGGACCACCACCUUUGGUUCAGAGGCCAAGGAAGACAGAAAGCGAGAAGGCUUUCCGCAAAGUCCAGACGAGGACCAGGCGGCUCACCAUUGCUUCAUGCACCUCGCCUGGCGCCAGCACCACCAACUUCCUUGCCCCUCACUCCAGCUUCAUUUGGUACGAUGUUGACACGUGGACAGAGGUAGCAAAGUACUUAGACGGAAAGAGCCUCGUGAGCCUAGGUCUAUCGAACCGCUGGUUCCACCAUCUGAUCAUGCAGGAGAGCAUCUGGCGUUACGCUUACCUCCGAGAUCUUCAAGUCCCUCUUUCCCUACGUCCCCUUCCUUUCCACUGGUCCAAUCUCUACGCCUCCGCUUUCGACGGCAGCCACUCGUACAAGUUCCGGCAGCGGGAGAGACACAUCGAUUGGAUGAGGAUCGGCGCGUUCUUCUUCGAUUCCCCGGCGGCUUUGCUGAUGGAGACGCUGGCGUUGCCAAGGAAGGUUCCAGAAGCUGGACAUGAUCCACAGAAAUCAGUCAUGGCCUCAGGCGCCUUCGUCCUCACCAACAUCCGCACCGGGAUCUGGAUCGCCGAUCUGCAGCUUGUCCGUUGUCCAGUCUGCAACCUUAACACCUGCGAGGGAACUAUGCAGAUACUGGACACCCGAGCAGCGGAGCUGUUCCUGGAGGAGGGAUACCAGAGCGGGAGCUGGGACUAUGUAGAGAUAGCAUCCCAUAAGAUUGAGAAGCAUUCCAGCACUGCAACUGGUGCUAUCUUUGAUCUAAAGCACUUGCACUCUCCUCACUCCGUUGGAGUGCUGGAUGUGAAGUCUUGGAUGGGCAAAGCUGAUGAUUGGCAACCUAAGGCCAGUAUUUGUCUCAACGCUGUUGCUGUGAACACUAACCUGCAGCACAACGAUGGGCUACACGUGAGAUUCGAGGUCAUGCGCAGUGGGGGAUCAGACGGAGAUGUGGUGUCUAUAAGGAUCUCACAGCAACUGAUAUAGGUCCUGCUCUUUCUUGUCCUCCUUGCAAUCGCAUUGAUCUUUUGCCUUUUCUAUAAUUGACAUUUUUUUUUUUGUGGGAAUUAUCCCUUCCAUUAUAUAGCAUGUAAAUGAUGGAUAAUUCAAGCGUCUGAUUUUGUGAAUAUCAGUAAUAAUUUUGUUUUUAAACAUACUAGUUUCUCAAACUUGGAAGUAAAAAAGGGUAGUUCCCCUUUAUUAUUUUCAUUGUUUGAAAGUUGAAACCCAUAAUAACUUGGGCUUAGAUUUAUCACCCUGAACACCCUGAACACAAUAAACCCUAGUGUCAUGGACAUCAAAUUUGAGUUUAAUAGUAUAAAAACCUAAUGUUUAAAUCACAUGAAUUGAAUAUGAAAACUGGGGGAAUGAAAUCAAAUAUAAAACCAAGGGGCUUCCAUAAAGAUAUGUUAGGCCUGAAAAAUAUAAUCAAACUCAUAAUGUGUCAUGUAGUGGUAUUUGUUCUAGGCAGUCUAAAUCCCAUGUGAACAAGCUGCAUAAUAUUAUUCCACAAUUUGUCAGCCAGAAACAAUUGGCUUCAUUUGAAGCGAGACUAGAAACAACCGCCCAGC